AUGGACACCUACGCCGCAGACUUUACUGACGUAUCCAAGCAGUAUGCCGCUUAUCCCGAGGCCGCAGCUUCCCCCCUGCCAGACUGGUUCGAUUUCCUUACUCCUGAUCACCAGGACAGCGAUUCAGUGCCGUUGCCCUCCCCGACCCUGCCGAUGCUGCCGCUUGACGUCAUGAAUGUGCUGGGAUCGACGUCGCCUCCCCACAAGCGUCGCUGCGUCUCGGCCACGCCUGAACUUGGUCAAGAUUUGUAUCCGUCACCACCCCAGGCGCCGGUUCAACCCUCGCAGUUUAAUUACCAGUACCAGACGUAUGCAUACCCUGCCUCGCCUACUCAGUUCCACCCCAACUCUGUGGUGCCGGUGGCUCCCACAGAAGUCCCACAUGACAAAAGGCUUCCAUUGUACCAAGGCAGUGUGCGUGUCCCCUCCACGACUCCUGCUCCGAUGGUGAUCAACUCAGCGCUCGGGCCCGUGGCUGUGUCUUACAACUUGCCUACUGCUUUAAAGGGUCGGCGUCCUCCUCGCAGGAGAAACAAGAACUCGGAGUGCCAGGUGUGCCAGAAGAAGUUCGACAGUCGCUACAAGCUGAAGGCGCACAUGAAUUCACAUCUGAAUAAACGACCCUUCGUGUGUGAUAUCUGUGGCCAGGCCUUUCUCAGGAAUCAUAACCUGGCGUCCCAUCGUCGAACGCAUGAGGUUGAGUAUGCCUACAGCUGUCAGCAUUGUAACCGUGGCUUCAGGAGGCCGGCGGAGCGUCUUCUUCACCUGUUGCUGAAAGUUUGUCAACGGCAGGUUAAUCUGAUACGACGAACCACUCAUGGCUGGAACUGUCACGGUUGUAACGUCACGUUCACCGAUCUUACCGCUGUACAAGAACAUGUUCAACAACACAAGCUGAGUGAGGGACCCCGACGUGCCUGUCCGGUGUGUCAUAUUCUGUUUACUGGACAGCGUGACCAUAAGAUCCUUGCGCAUGUUAAGUCCUACCACCCGGACUACUUGAGGAACCUUGGCUAG